AAAAUCAACUUGCUCGAUCUGGGAGUUAGCUGAACACAUCAAUCAGUCAGCUGGCGAACUCUGUUGCAAGCGAUACGAUUCUGAAAUGGCUAGUAUUGUGCGAAAAAUUAUUUCCACUGCAAAAUGUCCAAAGGCAGCGGCACCUUAUAACCAAGCGGUGAUCGCCGAUCGUACGGUUUACUGUUCCGGUGUCUUGGGAAUGGAGUUGGGAUCGCUGAAAUUAGUCGAAGGCGGAGCUGCAACCCAAACCGCUAAAGCACUCGAACAUCUGUCCACUCUGCUGCAGGAAUCCGGAUCAAGUGUCGAAAAAGUAGUGAAAACCACUAUUCUUUUGACUGAUAUGGCUGACUACGGAGCCGUGAACGAUGAGUACAAGAAAGUAUUCACCAGCAACUUUCCAGCACGGACCUGUUUCGCAGUACAUAAACUUCCGUUGGGAGCUGCUGUCGAAAUAGAAGCUAUUGCACUGACCGGGGAUGUGCUUCAGGUGUCAACGUAACUUCAACCGCUUACUAUAGUAACUUAGGUUUGAGUGUGAUACUCGAUUAGUACGGAUUGUUGGCGACAAUUGAUAAGCAGCCUAAACACAUUUUAUUGAUUUUGAUUAAAAUUAGAGCCAUGACGUAAAAAAUGUAAAUGUAUGUAAAACGGUAAA